UUGGGGAGAGAUUCGAAUGUUUGACGCUAGAGGUCGUGUUUACGGCCAAAAUUCCCGCGAUUUUGCAAGCAUGUACGAAUAGUCUGAAAAUUUGUAAUGAAUUAAUUUAAAUGGAGGAUGGUAUAUUGCUGCGUGCCUUUUUGCACGUCACGAUCCGGGAAAACUAACGUAAACAAGGUGUCGUUUCAUUGGUUUCCUAACAAUUUCGAAACAAAAAGAAAGUGGAUAGUUGCUAUUUCGAGGAUUGGAGAAGAUGGAAGUUUGUGGACACCACGUGGUACUUCAGCAAUAUGUGGUUUACACUUUAAAUCCGAUGAUUUUGAUCCUUUAAGUAUAAAGAAACAACUAAAACCUGAAGCAGUUCCAACCAUUUUCCCUCGCCAUCCUAAGCUCAAGAAAAGACUACAAAACAAUAGAACAAAAAGAAAAUGUAGAGUUAAGAUAUCAGAAAAUAAAAAGAAAAAAGCUUAAGAUUAUUGAAAAUUCUACGGAGUAAAUUCUUUAAACCACAAGAAAAAUGUCCUUAAUAUAAAACCAUAUAAAAAAAGCUGCAAUGUGGAUAAAAAUCUAAACUAUAAAUCCUAUAACAAUUGAAAAGAAUACUUUUGUGACAGUGCUAUCAAAGAUAUGGAACAGAACAUCUAAAGCAGAAGAUAGAGAAAAACAACAAAUUGAAUUAAUAAAUACAUUUAUAUUAAACAAUUACCUCAGUGGAUUAUUAAAAAAAUGGAUAAUGGAAUUUAUAAAAACAUAUUUAAUGUUAAAAUAAAAAA